AAACACUAGUAUAUGAUGAUGGUAGUAUAUGUUGAUAGAUGCGAAUGCAGCCAUAAACGUGACUACCGGCUUCCUUGUACGUGGACAAGCAGGGUUUGACGACAGGAGUUUGAUAUCCUGCAAUCAUGUCUCUUCCACUAUAAAUAUAACAGAGUUAAAUCUUUCACGUUAGAUUCUUCACUCCAAGGAGUAGUGAUCACUUGGAACAUCAAGCCAAAAUGUUUUCUGCGAGGAAGAACGUGUUUCUGCUGGUUUGUUACCUUAUGCUCAGUGGUGUCGGAGUCACAACAGGAGAAAGCAUCCGUAUUAAUGGUCAUACGGCAUCAACUGGAAGAGUUGAAGUCAAAUAUGGUGGCCAAUGGGGCACCGUUUGCGGUGAUAGUUGGGAUAUAAAUGAUGCUCACGUGGUGUGCCGGCAGCUUGGCUUCCCGAAAGCCACUCAAGCUUAUAGCGGUGCUACGCACGGUCAGGGAACUGGUCCAAUAUGGAUAAGUAACGUGGCAUGCUCAGGGAGUGAGUCACACCUUUACGACUGUCGACACAAUGGAUGUGGAAACAAUGGAUGUAGUCAUAGCAAUGACGCCAGUGUAUCGUGCUCUUAUGGUUCUCCUAACAUUCGUUUGAUGGGUGGCGGACGUAACUACGGCCGCGUGGAAAUCUUUUACCAUGGAGUAUGGAACACCGUGUGUGAUGAUACCUGGGAUAUGAAUGACGCAAAGGUGGCGUGUCAUCAACUUGGCUACUCUGGAGCAACCUCCGCCGCUAAGGCAGCAGCAUACGGUCAGGGUUCUGGGCAUAUUUUGAGACGUCAACACCUGGAUUGCACAGGAUCAGAGGCUUCACUAUUAUACUGUCCAUAUAGCAGUUUUGAUAUAGGUCACUGUAGUCACGCCGAGGACGCAGGUGUGGUUUGUAGUUUGUCAUAGACUAAGAAGUGAAACCAGUUAAGCUGUACUUAGGCACUGCAAGGCCCUAUUUCCCUUGUACUAAGGACAUGAUGAUUAGGCAAUACCGUACACUUAUUUUAAGAGUUUUAAGGUAUUCUAAACGAAAUGACACUUUUUUGAGGAUAAGAUUACAAAUUCAUGUUACAAUACAACCUUGUGAGACCUACAACGCUCGAUCGCCAUGAUCACUGAGUUUUCCACGGAUUCAAAUCAUUGGCUUUAAGUAAUUAAACCACCGUGGGGAUCGGUGACUUCGUUACAUAUCUUUGUAGUCAAAUGGACCACAAUAUCUGUGGUCUCAAAAGAAUCAAAUCAAGAAUUCCUCUACAAGAAAUCAAGAUCACUCUACAAGAAGGUUUGUAGAGUGAUCGACGGUUUAGAGAUUUGCCUGUCCACUUAGCUGUGUUUCAAACUCAAUAUACAUUUGAAGUGGAGUAAUCAUAAAUAUUUUUCUCUAUGCAUGUUAUUUUUUUUUUUGGCCGGCACCCUUAUUGCGUCUUUGGAAUCAACGUAUAUCGCUGAGUAUCAAGUCUCCUAAUGUUUUAUAUACAGUAAACUUGUUAUUUGAAUCCACAGACCAGGCAUAUUAAGAGUUAUAAUUUAGCCUGUUUCAGCUCUUUGCUUCUCGAUCUGUUAAAGAGCAGUUAUCAAGAGGGUUUCGGCUCUAAGUUUUUUUUUUUCGCAUGACGUCACGGCAGCCAUAUUGGUGUCCGAAAACAAUGUAAUAGCGGCCAUGUUGUAGCCUGCGUCGCAGAUGUUACCUACCGCGGAUUACCGCGGAUUACGGUAAUUUACAGGUAAACUUCCGUCUGCGACGCAGGCUACCAUGUUGGUGUCGAAACAAAGGUGGAAGUUGCACUAUUUCUUGUGUAAGCGCUUUCUUUUGUUCCAAUAAAUUUACAUGCCCGCUGACCAUGCACGUGAGUGUAAACACUUUAUUAGUACAGUCUGAAGCCACAAUUAACCUCAGGGAGAAAUCUAUCAGCUUAUCAGAAUAGUAUAAAUGUAAUUUUGUUUGUAAACUUGAAGUCUUGACCAAUGGGAAAAGUCUUAAAUUUUUUCUAUUAUACAUGUAGCUAUAGAUUUUUUUUUCCGCAGAAAACACAUUCUCUAUGGCACCCUUUUAGAUAGCAAUAUUCUUUAUGGUAUACUCCCUUUUGAGUUAGAGAAACUACAACGGUUGCAAAAUAGAGCUGCAAGGCUAACUAUCAGCGCAAAAAAUCACUCUAAUAUUAAAGAACCUAAAUUGGC